AUGAAUUCAAACGAUCUUGUUAAAAAUAUUCUUAAACAUGAUAUUGAUGAACAAGAUAGAAUAUUAAAAUCAACAGAAGUUAUUAAACCAUGUCCUGUCGAUAUUGAUCUUGGUAAUUUAUUGGUUUGGGAUUCGAAUAUUAUUGAUCAACAAGCAUAUAAAGCAAAUCGGGAUGAAUAUAUUAAAAAUACAAUGCGUGAUAAUAUGCAAUUAUUUGUCAAUGCUUUAUGGCAGGUACCUAUUGAACGACAUGAUAAUGCUAUUGUUGCAAAAUUACCAGAAUCAAAAACAAUUGUACCACGAGAAAAACCAGUUCCUAAACCAAAACCUUUAACUAAAUGGCAAAAAUUUGCUCAAAGUAAAGGUAUUGUCAAACAAAAGAAGAGCAAAUUCGUUUGGGAUGAAACAAAAAAAGAAUGGGGUCGUCGUUUUGGUUAUAAAAAAGCUAAUGAUGAUUCAAAACCUUGGCUUAUUGAAGUACCAACUAAUGCUGAUCCAAAUGAAGAUCAAUUUGCUAAACGUUUAUCAGCUAAAAAAGAACGUGUAGCAAAAAAUGAAUUUCAACGUUUAAAAAAUAUUGCUCAUGCAAAUAAAGUAAACGUUCGAAAUGAUGGUGCUCUUAUUAAUAAAAAAUCAUCAGCCAAUGAUAUGAAAAAAGCUUUAGCAACAGCAAAAUAUUCUGAUGCAAGUAUGGGACAAUUUUCUGAACGUGCUACAGUUGAUGAAGAACGACAAACACGUGGAUUUAGUAAACGAAGAAAAUAUGAAUCUAAUUUGGGUAGUUUGAAAAAUGAAAAAAAUAAACAAUUGAAAAUUUUCGACCAAAUGAAUUCAUCAACAACGAAAUAA